UCAGCGAGGAUCCCAGGCAGACGACUUCGUGCUUUUGCAGAUGACAAUAGUGAUUGGUAGCAGAAUGAUUCCAGGUUUAAAAACGAGUUCCAUACUGCUGUUUGUUUCUGAGAUUGCGUUAUGUGCAAUUAUAAAUGCGGAAAGUUUAUCAAGACAGGCGACGCUUAACUCCUUGCUUGGUCUGGAGGAGGGAACUUCCGGUACUCCCGCCACCAAUCGCUCCAAGUAUGAUUCCAGCAUCGCCCCAGACUUCGAACUAGAUGUGCCUACUAAAGUCUAUGUCCGAAUCCUGAUACAAACCAUUUACUCCGUCACCGAGACUUCCAUGGAGUACUCUAUGGACAUCUUCCUUCGUCAGAAGUGGGAGGACAGACGGCUCCGGUACGGGAACACAUCUGAGCUGCCUUGGCUCGAACUGGACAACAAGAUGAUGGACAGAGUCUGGGUUCCAGACACUUUUUUCCCGAACGAAAAGAGGGCGAGAGUUCACGACGUCACAGUUCCUAACAAAAUGAUGCAUGUCUAUAAGAAUGGCACCGUGCUCUAUAGUACGAGGUUGUCUCUGACGCUGAGUUGUUCUAUGCAGUUACAUAAAUACCCCAUGGACGUCCAGACUUGCCCCGUUUUACUGGCUAGCUACGGUUACACAACUGACAACGUCAUCUACCGAUGGGACGGGCCUCAUCCUGUGCGCUUGAAUAACUUGGAAAUGCCACACUUUGGCGCAAAAGUAGCUGACAACGCCUUUAGCGAGUCGUGCGAGGAAAGCUUUGGUGAAAACAAGUUCGCGUGUAUCCAGGGCUUCAUUCAGCUGGACCGGAAGAUGGGCUACUACAUCGUUCAAGUGUUCGUGCCGUCCAUCCUGAUCGUGGUGCUCUCCUGGGUGUCCUUCUGGGUGGACCACGACGCCGUUCCCGCCCGCAUCUCUCUUGGCGUCCUCACUGUUCUCACCAUGACGACCCAGAGUUCCGGUGCACUCCAGUCGCUCCCGCAGGUCUCAUAUGUGAAGGCAAUAGACGUGUGGAUGUUUACGUGUCUGAUAUUCGUGUUUGUAGCGUUGGUCGAAUACUCGUACGUCAACGUUGUGGCACGUCGAGCACUGAAGGGGCACUCACUUGCACGGGACCGAUCCUUAGAACUACAACCGGACAAUAUCAAGCAGGAUGACCAGACCGGAGAGAGCGUUGGUAACAUUGCGGCCCGGCGGGUAGACAAACUCUCGCGUCUGCUCUUCCCUGUGACCUUCCUCAUGUUUAACCUCGUGUUCUGGAUCUACUACUCACUUGUGUCAUUUCAUACCAGCAGCAGCGGCCCGUCCGAGAAUCUGGAGGAAUAACAGGAAGGUCACCAUUAUGCAUACACCUAGUUGGAACGCCCUCUUGACAAAUUAUCUAGAGCCAUUGAACGUAUCUCGUGCGAUUUACACGUGGACCGAAGUUACAAUUUUGGAUAAGGAUUGAGCAGCCAGGAGUCCAAAAGUUGGGAGUCUGCGUUUGACGAUGAUACAUUUCCCUAACUCCGAUAUAUGGAUUUAACCCGAGGACAACGGAAUCACUAUUUGUAAUUUCGGUUAAAGGGCGGCGUUUGCUAUCUUUGUUUUACAUUUCUUUCAUGUAGGUGCUUGUAUAGGCCAGUUUGGUGCACACGUUAGAACCUUGCUCAAUCUAAUGUGCAAUAUGUAUCUUUAUUUUACCUUUGUGAGAAUACAUUUUUUUAACAGUUGACGUUAAUAUAUUUUGUCGAUUAGGUUAAUUCUAGUCGUAUGUAUUGUUUCUUUUAAUUAUUUGAUCAACAAUUUCAAAUCACAGAGAAUAUCAUUUCUAUCAAUCCUACAAGCAAUAAUUUGUAGUAGCAAUAUCUUUUGCACGUGUAAUUUAAUAUUAUUGUUUAAUUACUAAUAGAUACAACUAGUCACAUACCGGGCCAUUGCCUCUACUAACUGAUACUUCAGUUUUGUUGGUGCACGUGUAUAAUGUUAUUAUCAUGCUGUUUAAC